AUGGUUGUUAAGAAAUAUUUUUACAACAUACUCCACGAUCCAUUUCACAAUAAGUUUCGCCUUCCGAACUGGGUUCCAACAUUGCAACAACCAACAAUUCCAUGCAACCACGAUCCCCCAACAUACCCCGAAAUAGCAACAGUUAUUAGAAAAUGCAAACUUAGAGCAUACCCCUGUCCGCUCGAUCAAAUCUCAAUAAUUGUCUUCAAAAAAUGCCCUAUGCUGCGCACAAUCCUUCACCAAUUAAUAGUCGAAUGCUGGAGAGGCCAAAUUAGUGAUCAUUACGAUCUACAUUUUGAAAAUGCUGAAAUUAUGCAUGCUGGCUUUUUCAAGUGCAGAGUGGAGGAUACAGAUGGAGUAGAAAAAUGGACGACAAUGCACAAAUUGAUUGUCGUCUGUUAG